CACCAGUAAACCAACAACAACAACAACAACAACACGUUCCUUAAAACUAAUGUUUUCCAAAAAAACCGCAAAAAAACCGACUAAUCGUAAUGCUUUUGAAAUUAGUAUAAGAAACUAAAAAAAAAAACCCCGAAAACUUUGAUAAAAAAAAAACAAAGAAAUUAAUGAACUUUUUCGAGAAAAACAGAUACUUUUUUGUAUGACAUAUAGUGGCUAGAAGAUAUAUAUAUAUUACUAAGGGGACAUUCUGGAAACAACACCUUGUUGGAGAAUCCCGCCUCCGUCAGAUAUAUAUGAAUAGUCUCUGGAUCGUCGUGGUCGUCGUCGUGUUCGAUGUGGUCUUUGUUCAUUCGUAGUCAUCAUUCGCAGCCUCUCCGAGUCACCCAAAUCCUAUAUUGGACAUUGGCAUAGGACGAUCCUCGUAUAUAUAUAUAUAUAUAUCGUAAGCAAUAGCCAAAGAGUUACGGGAGCCAAAGUACAAAUGCCUCAAUCGUAAUACCCUGGUGAAGACGGGUAUAUUCGAUCGGUAGUCGGCAGGAAAGGAAAAAAAUCGCCCUCCCCCCCCACCACCAACGCAACCAAUUAGAUUAGGGCUACUACCGGGCUACUGAGGGCUACAGCGAGACAGAGGUGACUGUCCAGAACGAAGAAGGAGGAGGAACAAACCACCCAGCCAGUUACCCACCCACUAUACCCACACACACACACAUCUAUAUCUAUCUAUUCUAUACGGAACGGAGCAAGUUGAACGUAGUAGUGGCUACAGUACGCGAAAGCGUCCACAAAUCUAGUUAGCAUGGAGUGCUGUUUAUCGGAGGAGGCCAAGGAACAAAAGCGCAUCAAUCAGGAAAUCGAGAAGCAGUUGCGCCGAGACAAGAGAGAUGCACGUCGUGAGCUUAAAUUGUUGUUGCUGGGCACUGGCGAGUCCGGGAAGUCAACGUUCAUCAAACAGAUGCGUAUUAUCCACGGCAGCGGUUACUCGGACGAGGACAAGCGUGGCUACAUCAAGCUGGUCUUUCAGAACAUAUUCAUGGCCAUGCAGUCCAUGAUCAAGGCCAUGGAUAUGCUUAAGAUAUCCUAUGGCGUGGGCGAGCAUAGCGAACUGGCCGAUCUAGUGAUGAGCAUCGAUUACGAAACAGUGACCACCUUUGAGGAUCCAUAUUUGAAUGCCAUCAAAACGCUAUGGGACGAUGCUGGCAUCCAGGAGUGCUACGAUCGUCGUAGGGAAUAUCAGCUAACUGAUUCAGCCAAAUAUUAUCUAAAGGAUCUCGAUCGUGUGGCUCAACCUGCAUACUUACCCACUGAGCAAGACAUUUUAAGAGUUCGUGUGCCGACAACAGGGAUAAUUGAGUAUCCCUUUGAUUUAGAAGAAAUCAGAUUUAGAAUGGUGGACGUCGGAGGUCAGAGAUCCGAGAGAAGAAAGUGGAUUCAUUGUUUUGAGAAUGUGACAUCAAUUAUAUUUUUGGUAGCGCUAUCGGAGUACGAUCAAAUCUUGUUUGAAUCUGAUAAUGAGAAUCGAAUGGAGGAGUCCAAAGCUUUAUUUAGAACUAUUAUUACGUACCCAUGGUUCCAAAAUUCGUCAGUUAUUCUCUUCUUGAACAAGAAGGACUUGUUGGAGGAGAAAAUUAUGUAUUCGCAUUUGGUAGACUAUUUUCCAGAAUAUGAUGGUCCGCAACGAGAUGCAAUAGCGGCCCGAGAAUUUAUACUGCGAAUGUUUGUAGAUUUAAAUCCAGAUUCCGAAAAAAUUAUCUAUUCUCAUUUCACCUGUGCUACAGAUACGGAAAAUAUUAGGUUUGUGUUUGCAGCUGUUAAGGACACGAUCCUGCAAUCGAACCUUAAGGAAUACAAUUUGGUCUAAACUGGAUUUGGAUCAGCAAACUAUUUUUGUGAUUUUUAUACAAACACACACACACACACACACAUACACAUUCAUAUAAUUCCUUUUUCGCAUAUUUACUAAAUAUAAAAAAAAAAGAUUUAAUAAGCGAGAUCGAAUGUGGCCGAAAAAUAAUAAAAAAAAAAACGUUUUAGGCAUUAAUUAGACCCGAGAAAGUUUCUUUAGUUUGUAACAUCAGGAACCGAAACAAAAAACAACAAAAAACAAAAACAAAUUGUAGCAUAAAUAGAGUACUAAAAACUGAGAUGAUAAUAUAUAUACAAGAAACCAACACAACCAACAUAUAUACAUUUUAAUUUGUCGAGUGAAGGAAUAAUAAUAAUAAAUGCAAAAUCUGAUACAAGUACUAAACCAGGAUGACAACCGAUAGCCCGGCCAGAGCAGUGUUUUUCUAUUUUUUUUAAAUUAAGAUUAUGAACCAUUUAUUGAGUGCAAUAGAUUCGUUUUAUUAUUUAAACAAUUUUUAAUCCAAAUCCAAACCAUAGUUAAAAAAUUAUUGUAUGGCCGAGUUAUUGGUUGUCGUUCUGCAUUAUUUAAAAUAAAAAAUUUAUUACUUUAGAAACUUUUGUAAUGAAAAACACGUACAUUUAAUCAAAAGCUUAAUGAGGAACAACAAACUGAAACAACUUUGUCGUACUGAAGCAUAAUAGAGCAACAUUUUACUAAAAUAAACUACAGAAACACAAACAAAUUUAUAAAUAAAAACAAAAUUUAUAAAAAAAAAAGAAGAAACAAUUUUUGCAUAAAAAAAAAUCCCCCGGAAUAUAUAUAUUCAAAGAAUUAUAUAUGCUAGAAGUUUCUCAUAGAAUUUCGAGGCAUAUUGAGGCGUGUAUAAAAUAAAUAAUAAAUUAAAAACCGAUUAAGAAGAUUAAUGCAGAGAAUUAAAAAAAAAACGAAAUCACAGAGAAAAUACUGUAUUUUUUAUUAAGCUAAAAACCCCAAUAAAAUAAUAUUGAAACUAUUGUUUACAGAAAUAAUUAACUAUUACAUGCAAGCCGAUAAUAUACAAAAAUAAUUGAAAAUAAUUCAUAAACGCAUAUGUAACAAUUAAUAAAUUUAUUGAUUUUUGUAUUGCGGGAGCCCCCCCACCUCCCCUCCCAUUCAUUGUAAAUUACAAUUCGUAUUAAUACAAAAAAUAUUAAAGAUGAAUCUGUAACCGAAA